AUGGAAGAACAAUAUUUUUUACACAACCACCAUGCAGCUCUUGUCAGUCGAGUUACUUCUGUGUUGCCCAUCGCUGAUAAGCUGUUUCAAAGAAAUAUGCUUUCCCAGGAGGUGUACUCAGAGAUCAAAGCCAAAUGUACAAAUCAAGACAAAAUGAGACUGCUCUUGUCUGUUGUGAUAUCUGGAGGACCUGAAGUAAAUUCAUACUUUUUCAAUGUGCUGGAUUAUUAUGAGCCUUUCCUCGUAAAAGACCUCGAAGAAUCUUACUCAGAAUCCUUCCCAGAAUCAGAACACUUAAGAGUUAUCUGCCUAUGCCAACUUGAGGGUCUCAGGUGGAACCAAUCCUCUGAAGUGCACAGAAGUAAAUUAGAGGAGUUCUGUCUAGAACAAAACCACACAAAAAAAGGCAAUAUCUACUUUUGUAGAGAUGCGAAAUACAUCAUUGGCUCAGGAAGUGGUGGAAUACAUGUCUAUCUUGGCCCAAAAAAAGACGGUACUGAAGUAGCCAUCAAACGAAUACUUAAGAAUCCAACGAACGACAAAGACUUUGUAAAUGAACUGAAACAUUUACAAGAUUUAAAGCUUGAGAGCAAGAACAUAGUCAGAUAUGUAGACUUUGAACAGGAUGAGGAUUUUUAUUAUCUUGCGCUACAGCUUUGUGAAUAUGAUUUAGAGGGCUACAUGAAGACUCUCCGUAAUGAAGAAGCUGAAAACAAAGUCACUGCUUUGAAGAAAGUAGUGAAGGAGGUGCUUCUCGGCCUUCAGGUUCUUCACCGUGCUAAAGUGAUACAUCGUGAUAUAAAACCUAAAAAUGUUUUGAUAGAUUCAGAAAAAAACGCAAGAAUGGCUGACUUUGGCUUAAGCCGCAGACUGGAGGAUGGCAGCACCGUGUACACUGUGAGAGCUGGUACCAGAUGCUGGGAGGCAGUGGAGACCCUUGAUCAAACUGAAAGAACUGGAUACAAAACAAGCUCAGAUGUCCAGGUGGCUGGAAUGCUAGUGUACUACCUACUCUCUGUUGGGAAACAUCCUUUUGAAGGAAAUAACCUUUGGGAGCAAGAGGCUAAAAUUAGAGAAGGGAAUUACUCUCUUGAUGAAGUUGAUGAUGUUGUGGCAAAAGAUCUCAUUGAGAGAAUGAUCAGCAAAGUCCCGGAAGAGAGACCGACUGUUGAUGAAGCCCUAAAUCACCCUUAUUUCUGGGAUGAUGUCAGGAAGGAUGCAGUUCUUAGGAAACUGGGUGAUAUAAGAGAAGUUCAAUACUAUUUGGACUUGGAGACACUUCACAUCCUCUACCACGAAGUGAAGAACAGUGAUGGAGAAGAGCCAACAGUAGAUCAGAUCAUUGACAGGUUGAUAACAUCCAAGCCUAAAAGCACACCUAAGAGGAAGCUACUUGAUUUAAGGAAAACCUUAACUGAAAUAGUUGGUGAUAAUUUUGCAAAAGUUGUGAACUUGUGCGACACUGUAAAGAAGUACAAUGAAAGCUUUUCUACCUGGAAAACAAAGCUUCCAGGAAAUGAAGAAAUACCUUUUCCGGAUGACUUACUGGGCCUGCUACGUUUUAUGCGCAACAAACUUGUGCAUGAAAAGGAUAAAUUCGAUGAGAUCAACAGGCUUAAUCAUUUUCCAGAUUUCUUCAUAAGUUUACAAAGGCUGGCGAAAGACCUCAACUGGGAUUACUGAAGAGGAAACAUAGUGUACAUAAUGUCUUUGAUGAAUGCAGAUUUUACCAGUUCUGUUUUCUAUCUUUGCUUUGACGGGUUUUCUUUAAACCUAAAUUUGAAGAAAUCAAGAUUUUUCUGACAGUUUCUGUGAUUGCCCAUCUUUUAAGAUUCCUGUUUUUGUCCUAUUUUCCUUUAAGCUUUCAGUUUCUAAAUGAUCUCAGAACAAGUACUGUAUAUAUUUAGUAGUCUGUCUUGAUGUGUUGUCCUCUCAUAAAAGAACAAAGCAGGUACACGCCUUCGGAUAAAACGGUAUGUAUUUUUGACAAGCAUUUAUUUCUUCAAGUAGUUUAAAUAGAUGCCGUUGUUAUCAAUUUAGUCAAUUCACUGUAAAUAAUGUGUACUGUAUCUAUUGUUUUAUUUUCUGUAAUGAUGUAUCAAUGCAAAACUGAUGGUUAAGCUAUAAAAAUUAAAGCACUCUAAUUAC